AUGGGUAUAUGUACUUCUUCUCACAUUGAAAGGGGAGGUGGAGGAAUGAAUUGGCCAUCCACAGCCAAGGUGAUUCAAAAGGAUGGGAGGCUCCAAGAAUUCAGGCAGCCCAUUAAAGCUGGACACAUCCUCUUCCACAAUCCAAAUUGCUUCCUUUGCAGCUUGGAGAUCAUGUACGUCAGCUCACGUGCGCCUCACGUGCCCGACGAUGAGGAACUCCAGCUUGGCCAAAUCUAUUUCCUCAUGCCAACAUCAAAAUCCCACACACCACUUUCAUUGCAAGACUUGUGCACACUAGCCAUCAAGGCUAGCACUGCACUUGGUGGCUCAAACAUGGGAAGUACAACCUCAAAGGCAUCACCGUGCACCGAUAUGAACGGUGUUCAACCUCUGUCUGGACCGCAAGGGUAUUAUAGAAUUCCAACGGACUUUGAAGGCAUUGGAAUGAAUUCUCCGGUAGCGCGUGGCAACCGGAGAAUUGAGUUCUAUGACUAG